UGUAAACAAUAAUAUUUGAAUUUUGGAAGGUGCCAGGAAAAUGUAGGAACUAUAAAGUGAUAUUUAGGACGACUAAACGUCUGUCAGUAUGCUUCCGUUUGCUGGUAACCUCUAAUUCUGAAUAAAUUGAAAUGGAUGUUAUUAAAAUGCGUAAAUACAAGCCAAAUCAAAUAUUUGAACUUACCAUUCUCUAACCCAGCCUGACUGUAGGAGGCAGGUAAUCCUCAGUUUACUGCACAACAGUUAUCUGAUUUGGUGCAGAGGAAGUAGUUCAUGAUGAAAGAAUGGCAAAAUUUUCGCAUGAUUUGGGAGCCAAGCUGGGAACAGAUGAGUCUGAUGUAUCAGAUGUUAAUUCAUCAGAAAUGGCCAGAAUGGUGGAGGGCCUCGAAGAUCUGGAUGCAGGUCUCUUUGGGACAGCAAAUAAAAUGAAAGACAAGCAGAUAACAGUUGCGCCCAGCAAUAAGAAACCAGAGCAGGAGUCAGUACAGGGUGUUUUAAGAUCUUCACAAAGAAAAGAACAGAAAUCAGGUACUUUAAGUUCAAAGCUGCCAGGGUUUGAAGAUUUUGAUGACAGCGACGAUGGAAGUGACCCUUUGGCAGAUCUGGAUGACUUGCUGUCAGACAGUAUGAAGACAAAGAAGCCAACUACAGGUUUUAUAGGGUCUGGUGUGAGAGACAGUAAAAAGUCUGAAGAGAAAGCUCCAGAAAUGACUAAUUUAAAUACUGAUACCAACAACAAAGCUAAAUUAUUUGCAGAUUUAUUUGGUUCAGAUACGUCUAUUGACAAAGGAAGUAGUAACAAGAAUGUGAUGAAAUCUGAAACAGAUGGUGCUGGGAAUAUGGGUGAUGCCCGUAAGUCUGACCAUUUAGGACAGAGUUCUGUAAAAAGAGUGAAUUUUGCACCAGAUUCAGUAGAUAUGUCCACACAACCAAAAAAUCAGCCAAUUGCAUCACUAGUUGGAGUUUCACAACCAAAAGAGCAAACUUCACCAUUGUUGGGAAACAGAAAUGAGAGCAUUGACCUAGAAGAUGAUCUACUGCCAGGAAUUGGUCUUGAGAAAUUUGGAAAAUCAAGCACUGCUGCUGGGAAAUUAUCUGAUAAGAAAAGCUCAAUAAUGGAUGAGCUACUUGGCAGGAACGUUGGGCAAAGUGCAAAUAAAAUAGAAAAGAAGCCCAGUGAAAGAAAUGAUGAUACUGUUAAGGAAACUGAAAUGUCUUUUGGGAGUUACUCUCCUUCAAUUGCACCUGCUUCCACACAGCCCAGACGGUCAGCUGUUCGACGGAAUACCUCUUCUAUUGGAGAUCCUUUAGGUAUUUUGUCUCCUGUUUCUACACCCAAAAAAAUAGUUGGUUCACCUGUUCACAACAGAACUGAAGAACGAGGUUCUGCCUCUUGGCUCGGACUUUCUUCAGAACUACCCUCCUCUCACUCCCCACCCUUGCACCAGACAACAUCCUAUACUGAUAAUGUUUCUGCUGAUAAUGCUGGUGAAAAGAAUCUGCCAGCUAACAGUUCAGUGACAACAGCAUCACAGGAGAUUCAUUCUAGUUCAGUAUUACCACUCCGACGUCAACAACAGCAUGCUAUGUCAAAAGCACCCAGUGGCCAAUUGCCUGAGUGGUUGGGAGGAGCACCCUCUGUACAAGAGAAGCCAGAGAUUUUAAAUAUUUCUACGAGUGGUUCAACUCACACCAUUCCUGCAGCAGAACAGCAACAGCCUGCAGGAAUUUUGCAGGCACAGCAGCCAUCUGAAGGAGCUCCAGAAACUCCUACACCCAUCCCACUCACCAGCAAUAUUGACAGUGCUGUGGCUGCUAGUUUGUUCAGGCAGGAAGCAAGCCUCUCUAUUGCCCUGCAGUUACGCCAGCAUGAGGAGAAAACAGCACACCUGGUACAGAGACAGACUACACUUCUGCAGCAGCAAGAACAGCAAUUACAGUUCCUCAUUGCUCAACAAAUUGAGAGGCAGAAGAAACUUGACGAUGCCCUUGUUGAUCAACAAAAACGUAUAACAUUAUACUUGGAGGCUCUUUCAGCUCAACCACUGAUUCCUGAAAGUCUGCCUCAACCUUCCUUCAUCCCUCCAAGAGAAGAGAAAAAAUAUCCAGAGACUAAGGAAGAAGUACUAAUUCAGCCAGAUACAUUGAGGUGGGAGCAAGAAAAGAAGAGUUUGGAAGAAAUCAUUGAAUCCCUCAAAAACCGACAUGUUCAAGAACUGCAGCUUUUGGAAGAUUCUUACAAGAGACAGUUAUCUACUCUGCAGAAAAGCUUAGAAACACAAGAGGAAUACUUCCAGAAGGAAACUUUAAAGCAUCAACAACAUUUUGAACUUCGUUUGGCUCACUUGCAGGAAUUCAUCACCGAGUUGAAAAGAACCCAUGAUACAGAAUUAACAGCAAUCAAACAGAAAUAUGAGCAGGAUAUAGAAGCAACGAGAAACCAACACACUGCAGCAUUAGAACAUGUGCAGGUUUUCCGUAAUGCAGAGCUUGCAGCUUUGGGGGAAAUUCGCUCAUACUCCAGUGUUUUGAACAUUGCUUUGGAAAAAAUGGGGCAGAAUGCACAAGACAUUCAGAUAAUAGGAGAGAAGCUUUCCGGAGAAAGCAUUGCACUACAGGAUGCAAAGACAGCAGCACUAAAAGCAAAAGAAAAGGAACUUCAAGCCACACGUGACAUCUUGGAGAAACAGCAAAAAGCAGCUGAGGCCGAGCAAAAGCGACUACUUGGCCUAAUCUCACAAUUAGAGCAGCAACUGUCCCAGCAGAAGGUUGAUUCAGAUGAUGCACGUAUGGCAUUGCAGCAAGAGAGAGCACAUCUGGAAGCCAGGGAGCUAGCUGUACUGAGAGAACGUGAGCAAGCUAGUGCACACUUUGAAAGAGAACGGCAGCAUCUGCAGCACUUGAAGCAGUCACUAGCUGAGGAACGCCAACAACAUCUGCAACAAAUAAAAGAAGAGCACCUAAAACUUGCUGCUGAGAAGUCGCACAUUGAAACAUUGGCUCGUCUAAACAGAACACGGGAAAUGGAUCGAGAGAAGAUGGUAGUUGAGAUAGAUGCAGCAAUGGCUACUGUUCGAGCAGCUCGUGAAGAGGCUGAAAUAGAACGUGCCAAAGUUCAAGAAGAGAAGCACAAGCUGGAAGCUGAGUGGCUUAGACUCAGAGCCCUUGAAGAAGAUCUGGUGGGAAGAAGCCAUCAGCUUGAGUCUCUUUCUCAAGCCGCUGCUGUUAUAAGAGAAGAAGGUUUGCAAGCAUUAGAAGAGGCACGGCAGUUGGGAGAUCAACACAGUAAACAGUUCUCUGACAUUCAGCAACAGCUUACAUCUCUCCGGAAGCAAGAAAAGCAGCUGUCAGAGGAGAAGAGGAGCCUUGCUGAGGAACGCCUAAAGUUGCGCCAGACGUACGCCCCAAAAUUUUGUUCAAAAUGCAAGAUGUCUGUUGAAGCUGCUUCAGUGGAUCAUUCUCUCUCUUCUUUGCAAGACAAUGUUGUGGACCCUAAAGUUAUCAUGAUGAAGCUAAUAGCUGAGAAGGAUGACGUACCUGCUGAAGAGAGACACACAGUCCUGUCAGCACUGCCAUCUUUCCAGUCAGCGGACAAAUAUCACUGAAGUUACUUCAGAAUGACAGAAUUUGAGUUACAUAUAAUUUCUUUUUGUAUGACUUUCAUAAAGUAUGUUUAAUAAAUGUGAAA